GGAGUGGCGAUAGGUUAUGUAAGUUGUAGCAAGGUCUUUAUAUUUUUGAGCUUUUUCAAUCAAUGUUAAAGGUUUUUCGGAGUUGUUCAAGAGGAUAGGUGCAAAAUGUUGUUUGUAUAAGUUCUCUAAGAAUCUUGGCGUCCGGGCCGCCGUCGCCAUGGCUGCCGAGUUUGAGUUUGUGCCACCGCCCGAGGCGCCCGUGUUUCGGCCUACCGCUGACGAGUUCGCCGACCCGCUGACCUACAUCAACAAGAUCCGGCCGAUCGCCGAGCAGACGGGCAUCGCGCGCAUCAUCCCGCCCCCGGAUUGGCAGCCGCCAUUCGCGGUGGAUGUGGACAACCUGAAAUUCACACCCCGGAUCCAGCGACUCAAUGAGCUGGAGGCACAUACACGCGUGAAGCUCAACUUCCUGGACCAGAUCGCCAAGUUCUGGGAGCUGCAGGGCUCUUCGCUGCGCAUCCCGCUGGUCGAGGGCAAGGCGCUCGAUCUGCACGCACUGCACUGCGAGGUGCAGAAGGAAGGUGAGCACCUACUUCACCCUGUGCGCGCGUGUGUGCGUCUGCGUGUGCGUGUGCGAGGGUGGCAUUUAUUUUCACAUUCGCACAUUUCCUGCAAAAAUUGGGUUCUAGGACACCUUAGGUCAUAUCAGAUCAUCAAUCUAGAGACUCCAAAUCGAACCGUAAGCAUAAAAAAGCAUGGCAAAGAAAAACUAUCGCGAGGUUUCCAAAAUAUGAAAAUCUCAAGAUCAUGA